CCUUCCCCGCCCUUCCCCCCGACCGUCGCCGUGGACCCUCCUCCCGCGGCUGCCUUCCGUCUGUCUGUCUGUCUUAGGCCCUCCCUUCCGUCUGGGUGUGUGUCAGCCACCGGCAGGCUUCCUCCCGUUGGGCUUAGGUUGACCCUUCCGCCCCGUUCUGUCCGGCUGUCUCAGGCCCGCCCUCCCAGCUUCUCCCCGGCCGGCGUUUCCGUCUUUGGGCCCCCCAUUCUCUUUGUCUCUGGGCUCCCCGGUUUGCUCUGUCUGUGGAGCACCCCGUUCCCGCCGUGUGUCUCGGGAAUCCCCAGGCAGAUCUCCCGCUCCCCACUGCUCUGGCAUUCCUUUCCUACUUCAGUUCUCCUGCGUCCUUUCUGUUUGCUAUGUGUCUGUCUGAGGAUGCCCUCCCCCAGCCCCCACCGCGCUUCUGUGUCUUUGGGUCAUCUCCCCAGCUUCACUCCUACUGCUGCUUCCCUCGCUACCUCUUCGCUCCUUGAUUGCACCACCCCUCACAGUUCCCAUGAUCUUCUCCCCAACGUGGCCUCAGGUUUUGGGGGACUGUGUAGCCAAAUCUGUCUUCCUCCCUAUUGCCCUGCUGCCCCUCACCCCACAUCACUCGGAGUGCCUCUGGCUCUUCUCACAUUCCCUUUUUUUCUUCUCUCCCCCUUCAGCCACCCUGACAGGUCCUUUCCCAAGCCCCUAGGGGCAGCAGAGGACUUGGGGACCAGCGAGCACCCCCAGGGCACGAGAAGAGCCUCUGCUGCCUGCCCUGCCUCACCCUGCCCUACGCCAGGCUCAGCCACCCCGGCCCCGGGCUGCAUCAAGUGGAGGAGGCAGAGGCGGAGGAGGGUGGCACCAUGGGCCCGGGCCGUGCCCUCCAUGCCCGGGGGAUGAAGACGCUGCUGCCAUGGACAGCCCGUGCCAGCCGCAGCCCCUGAGUCAGGCUCUCCCUCAGUUGCCGGGUUCUGCGUCAGAGCCCUUGGAGCCUGGUAGGGCUAGGAUGGGGGUGGAGAGUUACCUGCCCUGUCCCCUGCUACCUUCCUACCACCGUCCAGGGGCACCUGGUGAGGCCUCGGCGGGGAGUGGGACCCCCAGGGCCACAGCCACCUCCACGACAGCUAGCCCUCUGCGGGAGGGCUUCGGCGGGCAGGAUGGUGGUGAACUGCGCCCGCUGCAGAGUGAGGGCGCUGCCGCGCUGGUCACCAAGGGGUGCCAGCGACUGGCGGCCCAGGGGGCCCGGCCGGAGGCCCCCAAACGGAAGUGGGCAGAGGAUGGUGGGGAUGCUCCAGCACCCAGCAAGCGGUCCUGGGCCAGGCAGGAGAACCAGGAGGCAGAGGCUGAAGGGGAGGGCAGCAUGGGCUGCGGCAGUGGCAACAGCGAGGCCAGCGUGGGGCCGAGGGAGGAGGUGCUUCCCACUGCACCCGAGCGCCUGGCCCUGGACUAUAUCGUGCCCUGCAUGCGGUACUACGGCAUCUGUGUCAAGGACAGCUUCCUGGGGGCAGCACUGGGUGGCUGUGUGCUGGCUGAGGUGGAGGCCCUGAAGCGGAGUGGGCGCCUGCGCGACGGGCAGCUGGUGAGCCAGCGGGCUAUCCCGCCGCGCAGCAUUCGUGGGGACCAGAUUGCCUGGGUGGAAGGUCAUGAGCCUGGCUGCCGAAGCAUCGGGGUCCUCAUGGCCCAUGUGGACGCUGUGAUCCGCCAUUGCGCUGGACGCCUGGGUGCCUACGUCAUCAACGGGCGCACCAAGGCCAUGGUGGCGUGUUACCCAGGCAACGGACUGGGGUAUGUGAGGCAUGUAGACAAUCCCCACGGCGACGGGCGCUGCGUCACCUGUAUCUAUUACCUGAAUCAGAACUGGGACGUCAAGGUGCAUGGCGGCCUGCUGCAGAUCUUCCCUGAGGGCCGGCCUGUGGUUGCCAACAUUGAGCCCCUCUUCGAUCGGUUGCUCAUUUUCUGGUCUGAUCGGCGGAACCCCCAUGAGGUGAAACCAGCCUAUGCCACAAGGUACGCCAUCACUGUCUGGUAUUUUGAUGCUAAGGAGCGGGCAGCAGCCAAAGACAAGUAUCAGCUAGCAUCUGGACAGAAAGGUGUCCAAGUACCUGUGUCACAGCCAACCACGCCCACCUAGUGGCCAGCCCCAGAGCUGCAUGGACAGACAGCUUGCCCUGACUUCGGGAGAGCCUCUGGCCCCGUGCUGCCGGCCCAGCAGCCCACCACCCUCGGUGCCUGCGCCCUUUAGGCCAGCGCUGCUGCUUCCAGCUUUGCCUCUGUCCUGCCUGGUGUGGAGGGCUCCCUCUGACGCUGAGGACCAAGGAGGAGGAGAGACGUCUGCUGCCCUGGGACGGGGGCUGGGCUUGUGACCUGGGCUGGAGCCAGUAUUGGGAGCUGCCAUUGCUGGAGCUGGGGCCCUGUGGCUUACCCUGUCUGGCUGUGCUCCUCUCAGACGUGGAGAGUUGGAAGGAGGCAUUGCCACCUCCCACCAGGAUUGACCAGGAUGCAGGUUCGAGGGUUGGGGAUGUCACGGCCUCUUACUGGCAAAGGUUUGUUGGGGGGACAGUAUCCCCAAGCCCCCCACUCCCCCAGCCUGGAAUGUGAAGUGACUCCCCAGCCCCUAUGGUUGUGGCACCUUGCGGACUAGGCCGCCGCUGCGUGGGCAGGAGAAAAGGUGCAGAGGGGAGCACGGGCGUGAAGAGUCCUGUCAGCCAAGAAAGAAAUAAAAGUUUACCUCAGAGCUGCAAA